AUGGUCCAUAAACUCAUCUUUCACCCAUGCAUCUCCCACUUUGUGAGACUGUCGUCCUCCGUCGUGGGUCGAGAUAAGCUCCUACGCCUAUUUCAAUUUUAUGCGCGGUUUAGGAUUUGGAAUUUGACGAGACCCGGCCCUCUGGUUCUUGCCAAAGAGCGAUGGAUGGUCUUUAUGAGUCGCCUUGCACUUACGCGAAAGGUGCUACGCGCUGGACGGAGUGUGGAACAAAUCCAGACCGUCACCAAGGCCGCCAGCGCCUCAUCCAACAGCAUGGAUCACGAUUGCUUCCUCCACUACAUCUCGCUUCUUCGUCAUCUACUCUUGGCUGCAUAUCUGGUUUUGGACAACGCGACCAUACUGGACAGCCUGGGACUCUAUCCCUGGAAGAGCUCGCGGCGCAUAACUCUGCAAGCCGCCCGGUUCUGGUUCAGCGCUGUAGUGUGCGGGCUCUGUUCACAACUCUACUCCUUCCAUCGAAUGAAACGUGCUUUGGCCGAGCUCUGGGUGUCGCUGCGUGCUGAUGCAAAACCGGAUACUAGUAAAUACACCGUUGACAAGUUUCAGCUUCUAUCAAAUCUGUGUGACUUGGGAAUCUCAUCGUCGGCGGCUGGGCUAAUACAGAUAAACGAGGGUCUUAUUGGGAUCUGCGGCGUUAUUAGUAGUGGUGUUGGGAUAUAUAGACAAGUGGUACCGACCUCUCAGCAGGAAAGGUCAGACUGA